GUGUUGUGCUGCGCAUGCACUAAACACGGGAAAUGGCUUUAAAAGUUGUAAAAUAUUCUGCAGAUGUAGAUGCCACUGCUUGUUAACGUUUUUAAGAUGUAGAUGCCACUGGUUAUUCAUGUUUUGAAGAUGCAGAUGCCACUGGUUGUUCACGUUCUGUAGAUGUAGAUGCCACUGGUUCACGUUCUGUAGAUGUAGAUGCCACUGGUUCUUCAUGUUCUGUAGAAGUAGAUGCCACUGGUUCCUCAUGUUCUGUAGAUGUAGAUAUCACUGGUUCUCCAUGUUUUGUAGAUGUAGAUGCCACUGGUUCUUCACGUUCUGCAGAUGUAGAUGUCACUGGUUCUUCAUGUUCUGCAGAUGUAGAUACCACUGGUUCUUCACGUUCUGCAGAUGUAGAUGUCACUGGUUCUUCACGUUCUCCAGAUGUAGAUGCCACUGGUUUUUCACGUUCUGUAGAUGUAGAUGCCACUGGUUCCUCACGUUCUGCAGAUGUCGAUGUGACUGGUUCUUCACGUUCAGCAGAUGUAGAUGCCACUGGUUCUUCACGUUCUGCAGAUGUAGAUUCCACUGCUUCACGUUCUGCAGAUGUAGAUGCCACUGGUUCUUCAUGUUCUGCAGAUGUAGAUGCUAAUGGUUCUUCCCGUUCUGCAGAUGUAGAUGCCACUGGUUCUUCAUGUUCUGCAGAUGUAGAUGCCACUGCUUCUUUAUGUUCUGCAGAUGCCACUGGUUCUUCACAUUUUGCAUCACGGUCAGUGACGAGGGCAUGUCCGAGGCUCCGUCGUCCGAGGAGGGGCAGUCGCCCGUCGGGCGAGACGCUGGAGGGGACCCCGGCCGUGAGACGCUGUCCCUUGGAGGAGAUGUGCAGCGCGAGGAUGUUCAUGCCGCCGCCGAUGAGAUGGCAGCCUCUUUGCCGGUGGAGCCACGCGACGGGAAAGCGGGUCAAGAAAAGCCGAGGAAUGAGACGUGGCCACGGGUGAAAGUUAAGAGUGAAGACACCGAUGAUAGUCAGGAAGAAUCCGACAUUCGUUUGAAAGAAGAAGACUCUGAGUCCGAAGGAGAGGACCUAAGUAGUGAGGAUGAGGAUCUUGAAUCCGAUGAGCGAGACCUUCAUUCCAACGAGGGGGAUGAUGACGACCAUGAUGAGGAGGAAGCCUUCGAGGCCGGCGGUUCCAAAGGGAGGCUUCGGAGAGGGCCACGGAGCUCACGGAGAGACGGGGUGAUUUCGUCGGACGUGGCCGAGAUUGAGGUGGUCCUGGAGGACGACAGGAGUCGUAAGAAUUCACCGAUCGACCAGAAGGCCCGCGACGAGAAGAUGUCCCACCGGUGCUCCCUGUGCGGCAAGGGAUUCUCCUGCCUGUCGCGCCUCGAGAGCCACACAAUAACGCACACCGGAGAGCGGCCCCUCGAGUGCUCCGUGUGUGGGAAGGGUUUCCGAAAGCCGUCGGCCCUCAAGAGCCACGCGAUGAUCCACACGGGGGAGAAGCCGUAUCGGUGCUCGCUGUGCGAAAAGGGAUUCAUCCAGUCGUUUGCCCUCAAGAGGCACAUGAUGAAGCACACGGACGAGAGGCCGCACUGGUGCUCGGUGUGUGGGAAGACCUUCACGGACUUGUCGACGCUCAAAAGCCACCUUCUGAUCCACACGGGCGAGAAGCCGCACGAGUGCGCGACGUGCGGGAAGACCUUCGCGCGUAUCUCCAACCUCAGGAGCCACGCUAAGAUCCACACGGGCGUGAAGCCCCACCAGUGCCCCACGUGCGACAAGGACUUCAUCGAGUCGAAGUCACUUAAGAAUCACAUGAUGGGCCACACGGGAGAAAAGCCGCACAUGUGCUCUGUGUGCGGGAAGACCUUCACGGACUCGUCGACGCUCAAGAGCCACUUUCUGAUCCACACGGGCGAGAAGCCGCACGAGUGCGCGACGUGCGGGAAGACCUUCGCGCGUAUCUCCAACCUCAGGAGCCACGCUAAGAUCCACACGGGCGUGAAGCCCCACCAGUGCCCCAUGUGCGGCAAGGACUUCAUCGAGUCGAAGUCACUUAAGAAUCACAUGAUGGGCCACACGGGAGAAAAGCCGCACUUGUGCUCGGUGUGCGGGAAGACCUUCACGGACUUGUCGACGCUCAAGAGCCACUUUCUGAUCCACACGGGCGAGAAGCCGCAUGAGUGCGCGACGUGCGGGAAGACCUUCGCGCGUAUCUCCAACCUCAGGAGCCACGCUAAGAUCCACACGGGCGUGAAGCCCCACCGGUGCCCCACGUGCGGCAAGGACUUCAUCGAGUCGAAGUCACUUAAGCAUCACAUGAUGGGCCACACGGGAGAGAAGCCGCACAAGUGCUCCAUAUGCGGGAAGGACUUCAAGCAGAUAUCCACACUCAACAUCCACAUGAAGACCCACACGUUCGAGAAGCCACACAAGUGCGACCUGUGCGCGAAGACCUUCACGCUUUUUUCGACCCUCAAGAGUCACAUGAGGACCCACUCGGACAGGAAGUCGCACAGGUGCGCCCUGUGCGAGAAGGAGUUCGUACACCUGUCGGCGCUGAAGAUCCACAUGAUGACCCACACGGGCGAGAAGCCGCACCAGUGCCCGAUCUGCGAGAAGAACUUCGUGAGCCUGUCGGCCCGCGACAAGCACACGAAGACGCACAACGUGUAGAAGCCGUACAAGUGCUUCGUGUGCGGGAGGAACUUUGCAGACCCUUCGAACCUCAACUUUCACAUCAAGUGUCUUAAUCACUACGAGUCUUGAAGCCGAGCGUGGGCCGUUUAACGUUCAGAGGCGUCACUUUAAACUCCUUGGCUUGACAUUCACUGGAGGCUUGGCUGCUAUCGCCCGUUGCUGACAUUGGGAAGCUGCAGAAGCACGUUUUUGGUUGAAUUCAUCCAUAAUAAGAUUUAAUCGUGUUCCCAUGCACAUUCUUACCACCUAUUCAUCCCACUCCGGUGUUUAUUUAUCAAGUAUACCUUUGAGUCAUCUGGGAAACUUGCUUGCAUCAAUGGAAUCUCAUCAUAGAGGUUUUUGGGGCAGAGCGCCUAAAUAUAAAUGUGUCGUUAAACCCGCCACCCCCCGACAGCCAAUUAAGUGAAGGGGUUUGUCACGUAAACAAAACGUGGUGCCAAUUAGUUACUAAUUCAGCACUAACCGGUUGCUGUGUGUUGGAGAGUAAACCCACUGCAACAUUUACAAUUCGAGUAGCCGUGAUGUUUCUCCAGUAAUUACAACAACCGGCAUCAUCGAGCGACAGCAACAGAGUUGCGGAUAAAAUCCUCCUCCUGCUUCGCUCUUAAAUAGAGGGAUACAUGUGAUGUUAUCACUUGUUAGCCAAUCAGGUGCAAAGGCUAGAGGUGGGGUGACGCCUUGUCCAACACCAUGUGAGACUGGCUCUAAGGAAAGCUGUCUCGGGUGUGGACCAAUCAACUUCCAAGGACAGUGCAUACAUUAUCAAAGUUAUGUUUUUUUGUUUGCAUUAUGACUGCAGGUAUUGUGGUCUAUGCAAACAUGACUUCUUGUUGCCAGAUAAAAGGGUAAAAAAACAAUUAUCAUAUUUUUUCUUCUGGCAAAUGAGGUUCCAAUGGUGUAGUUUAGUUGCUUUGUAUGUAUGUUGAACUUCUUUCGCACCGAGCAUAGCCAACCGCGAUAAUCAGAGGUAAGGGGGGGGGGGGGCAACAACCUAAACACAACAACAACAAGCAGUUCUAAACAAAUUAGUUUGUCAAUCUAGAUGAUUCAAAAGUGCGUAGUUUGGCUCCAGUGGCUUCCUAACAUCGGAAGGAAGAGCGUUCCAGACGGCCGCAUAAGCAGCGCAUCUGAAAGCGCCACGCGAUGCGUCGACCGCCGUCUUCGUUCGAUGACCGCCCAAAAGCCGCUGCCAAUUCUGCUCCUGCGAGCAUGACUGGAGUUUGCGUGAUGGUUUUUUUUACUCACCAAUCAAAUAAACGCGCAUUUCCCCGAAUCGCGGGUUGGCGAACACCUCGUCUGGAUGUGCGUGAAAGCGUUGCUGACCCACGAGAUGAAUCGUCUGAGUGACGCGUACUGCACCAUCAACUCAACACUGCACCAUCGACUCAACACUGCACCAUGGGCUCAGCACUGCACCAUAGACUCAUCACUGCACCAUAGACGAAGCACUGCACCCUAGACUCAACACUGGCGUUAGACAUUUGUGAUGUGUGACGAUUGGGGGGGGGGGUUUGAGAAAUGUGACAUCACAUCAAAAUGCGCAACUUUAAAUACAUAUAGACAGACAACACGUUUUACUUAAUUAAAUAGCCUUUUUAAUAAAUGUUUUCUACAACAUCAGAGUGCAGCGCCACAUUAAAUACUCACUACAAUGACUCCCGUUCUUAUAUAGAGCAGCAGCAGGGUGACGUCAUCAUUAACUCAGACACAGCAGAGCCUCACCAUUCUGGCGAAUUGCCCGAUGAUGCUGGAUGCAAUUACCAGCGAAACGUCGUACUCAAAUUGUAAAUGUUGUGGUUUCGCGCUUCAACACACCGGUGGGCUAAAGCAGUGAACUAAUUUGUCUUUUGUCAACGUGAUACUUUUUUACUUAAUGGCCGUGUCGGGUGGUGGAGGGUUACAACACAUUUAUAAAUAACGCGAUCUAAACCCAAAAACGUUGAUUAUGAAUAAUAUUGGUCGCGAAAGCCUACGUGUUAAACAGCCUAAAUAUUUCUAACCGGCGAAGAUGCUCCAUUAGGAGGGUCCACGUUUCGCAAGCGUAGAGAAGGGAGGGAAUGACUGUGGCCG